AUGAAUGACAGAUAUAAACCGCAAGAUUAUCUGAUGGAUAAGAUAGAUUCAUACUUCCUCUCUCAAGAUAAUUCCUUCUCUGACUGGAAUAAAUGGAGUUUGGUAUCUUUCUUAGAGUAUGCAGACGAGAGAAAAACCUUGUCAUUUAAUGACAAAAGAGAACUACAUCGAAGGUUUUGGGACUCCAUAAGUGCAAUUUUAAAGUCAGAUGCGCCGGCAAUUAUGAAGGAAGCGAUCAAGGAUCUUGAGAAUGAGACGUGUUCGGUCAGUGUCGAUUUGUUCUGGAAGAAAAUUAAAACGGAUGAGGAAAUUGCUGUUGCAGAGGCUGAAUAUCAACGCAAACAAGCUUUUAUUGAACUAAAGAAUAGGUUUGAAAAUAGGGUAAUUGAGAGUCGCGAAAGAGAAGUGGAGAAGGAUGUGAAUAAAGCACUGUCGGUGUUGGAUACUUCCACCACAACAUCACUAUCCGAUAAUGCUUCUACAGCAUCAUCACCUCGUUAUACUCCCACAACACCACCUCAUAAUGCACCGCAACCUCUAUUACAGGGUGAUUCCACCACAACAUCACUAUAUGAUAAUGCUUCCACAGCAUCAUCACCUCGUUAUACUCCCACAACACCACCUCGUAAUGCGCCACAACCAUCAUCACAGAAUAUUCUUAAACGUUCUUUUGAUAUUUAG